CGAUCCUCAGUCGGUCGCACCCGAACCAGCCAAGCACGAGCUAUACAUGCAAUUUUCAAUAUUAGAUAAGCACAUUCAAGCACGGCGAGCCAACGUGACAAGGUGCGACGUCAGGCUGCGACGUCACUAACGGCUUGCAUAUAUCAUUGCACUACCGCACUGUUAUUGCAUCAAGUAGGGCCACAAGGUUCUGGGUCCAGCGGGCGUGGUGUACAGAGACUAGCCCGGCAAAAUUGUCACUGCAAGCGCAAGUCGCCGAGUCGGCUUCGCAUUUGGGGGGCGCGUCCAUUAGUACCAGCAUGACGUCGUCACCAGCGCUGUCAGAGGCGCCCGCCGCGCCAAAGGCAGUGCGCCCGUCGUCGGCGAGCGGGACCAGCACGAAAGCGGCUGGCGCCAGCACGAAAACGAAGAAGACAACCUCGAAGACAGCCGCGGCCGCUGCUCCUCCUGCCAAGCCCAGCAGAGCCACCAGCGCCGCAGGCCUUCCGCUGCCCGCGCUUGUGGCUGGCGGCGUUGGCGCGCUGGGGCUGGUGGCGCUGGCGGCGUGGGCGCUGGUGUCCGGGCGGCGCCGCGGCGGCAGCUCCAGCUCCAGCAAGGACGGCAAGGACGGCGGCAAGGACUCUGCAGUCAAGGGGCCCUGCUCCAAGCUCAAGCCCACCUCGCGCUGCGUGCCGCUGGCUGACGGCAGCGGCUGUGUGGUUCGACGCGAGAUCCCCGCCGACAACAGCUGCCUGUUCAACUCCAUCGGCUACGUCAUGCACAGGAGCAAGACGCGCGCGCCGCACCUGCGAAACGUUGUGGCGCAGCAGGUGUCGGGCGACCGGAACACGUACAGCGAUGCCUUCCUGGGCAUGAGCAACGAGUCGUACUGCGCCUGGAUCCGGCAGCCGUACAACUGGGGCGGCGGCAUCGAGCUAGCCAUUCUGGCGCAGGCGUACGGUAUUGAAAUCGCGGCCUGGAACAUCGAGAGCAAGAAGGAGCACGUGUUCGGAGAGGAGUCGGGCUACAAGAGGCAAGUGAUGGUCAUUUACAAUGGCGUGCACUACGACGCGCUUGCGGUGUGCGCCCACCCACGCGCCAAUGCUGACGAGGACGAGCUGAACUACAACCCGCGCGGCAAGCGGGGCAAGAUGAUUAUCGCGGCGGCACGCAAGCUGGUGGAGCUGGCGCACAAGGAGAGCGCCUUCAACGGCGCCGCGGAGAAGAAGGCGGCGGCCGCGGCGGCGGCGGCCGCCAAGAAGGCGGCGGCUGCCGCCGCCAAGACCAACGGCACCACUGCCGCAAGCACUGGCGCGGGCAGCGGCGCCUCGUCCGCCACCGCCAACAGCACCAGUGGCAGCAGCAGCAACGGCGGCAGCGGCACGGCCGGUGGCGCCAAGACGGCCAGCGGCGCGAAGAGUAGCAAGCCGCGUGUGGCGCGGAGUGCCGCGGCUGCAAGCACAGCAGCGGGCGCGGCGAAAGCGGAUGGCGCGCCUACGGCUGCGUCAGGGUCAGGAGCAGGGGCAGGGGCAGUGGGGGCGGGGCUGUCAGGGGGAACCAAGCUGUCUUGCGGCGACUGCGGUGUGAUGUUGGACGGCCCGGCGGCGGCGCAGCAGCACGCGCACAGCACCGGGCACGUGAACUUCAGCGAGGUGGCGGCGGCUUGAACACAACGGCACGUGCAGUGGCGGGUUGGUGAUUAGCAGGUCGUGCGGGUGAUAUCGCAGUUUUGGUGUCAGGCAGGGUGUGCGUGCGACCUUUGCACGUGUGACUCACAACCGUGUGCCGGUGCGUUUGGGUAUGUGAGCCGCUGCAAACGCGGUGAGCGUGAAGUCUGGAGUGAGGCACUCGGACCCAGGAGGUGCAAUCAGCGGGAGGUGCAUGGGAAUGGUGUAGUAGUACGCAAUUGGGGGCCCGGACAUACAUGCGUCGAAAAGGCUGCACUUGCGCUUCAAUUGUGGUGUUCGGCGCAAGCGCAUGGAACUAGUACGGUAUGGAGAUGGUGUCGUGGUCAGCUGAGCAAGUUUGGGGAUAGUGAUGACGGGGUUCCCUGUGUCGUUUGGCCUUGUGUUUGAGCGUAUGGGCUGGAAGGGCAGCUGGGCAGGUUGGGGCAUGGGGCUUGCUGGCGAGGAAAUGCUUAAGGGUACUGCUAACCAAACACGCCCCCCUGGACUCACAUUGAAAACCGGUACCGUAAUCUACACUGG